AUGCGCUCGAUCCAUCCCUCGGGCGUGCUCCCGUCUGGGAACGCCCUCGACGACCCGACGGAGGCUGCGAUCCGUCGAGCCCGUCGCGACGACGGUCUGGGCGACCUUCGCGCGUUGCCCGACGCCUCGCUCCUCGGUCUGCUGGAACUCCUCACCGACAGCGACGACGGCUGCGCUGCGCUGUGCGCGCUCUCGAGGACGAGCCGCGCCAUGCGGGCGUUCGCGACACACGAUGACCUAUGGAAGGCGGCGACGCUGGAGCGAUUCGGCGGCGAUUUCACGUUCACGAGCGGGAGUUGGAUGGCGACGUACGCGGCGGCGGCGGCGGCGGCUGGAGCGAACGAACGCGCGGCGAAACGAGCGAAACGAUCGAGCGAUUGCGAAACGAGCGCGAGCGUACGGACGGAAAUAUAUAGCGACGUGCUGUACCAGCGGUACAUGUGCGCAGGGAUGGAGUUGGAGUCGGAGUGGACGGAUUCGAGUCGGUCGAACGUCCCGGAGGCAACGCCCUCGAUGACACUCGAGGAGUUCAGAGAGCGUUUUGAAUCUGUGAAUUUGCCGGUCGUGAUCCGAGGAGGAUGCGCGCACUGGCCCGCAAUGAAGAAGUGGUCGCGGGAGUGGUUGUCCGAAAAGUUUGGGAAGACAAAGUUCACGGUGGGUGGGUACGAGAUGGCGUUAGAUGAUUUUUUCGCGGUGAGCGAAGCCCGAGACGAUACGCCACUGUAUCUUUUCGACCCGAAAUUCGGUGAAAAAGCGAGCGAGCUCGCGGGUGAUUACGAAGUUCCCGAGUACUUCGCCCAGGAUGAUUUCUUCAAACUUUUGGGCGACGACAGGCCGCACUUUCGGUGGUUAAUUAUCGGCCCAGAGCGGAGCGGCUCAAUUUGGCAUCAGGAUCCCAACGCGACGAGCGCGUGGAACGCCGUCGUUAACGGUCGCAAGAAAUGGAUCUUAUUCCCGCCGCACGUCACACCACCCGGUGUACAUCCAUCGGCGGACGGCGCGGACGUUUCUCAACCCGUAUCGCUCGUCGAGUGGUUCAUGAACUUUUACGAAGACGAAGAUGUCCGUCCUCGGCUCGAGACGGUGUGCGAACCCGGAGACGUUUUGUUCGUCCCGUCCGGAUGGUGGCACCUCGCGCUCAAUCUCACCGAGUGCGUCGCCAUCACGCAAAAUUACGUCUCUCUCGCCAACCUUCCCAAGGUUCUCAAAUUCCUCGACACCAAGUGCGAAAACUUGAUAUCCGGCUUGGACCGCGGCGGCAGACGAUCCGCGCUCGGCGACGACUUCUCCGCCGCCCUUCGCGCCUCCGCCGAUCCCAAUCUCAUCGCCGCCCUCGACGCCCACGAGCGCGUGCGCACGAACGCAUCGUCCAAGAAAGCGUCCGCCUUCGCCCACGCCUUCACGGACGCCACGUCUUCCUCCUUCUCGUUCGCCUUCGAUUCGUAG